UGUACAGUACAAUAAUUUGUGCAGUCAGCGCCAUUAAUAUUAUUGCGGCUGCUUUUUUGUUAAAUAUAUUUUCUCGUGAAAAGGUGAUAAAAGUGGACAACUUAUGGGUGUAAAUUGCUGCUGGGGUCUCCAUCGUGAGCCAUACAGUGUCUGUGUGCAUGAAACUCAUCCCGGGGCGGCAAAGUAGUCCCGUGAAAAGUGUGUCUCUGUGCGAGAAAAAAAAUCGGCCUCGCCCCGUGUCAAGAAAGUUCAAUUUUUGCAAAAUGAUUCGUUUUGUACAGUGAUUGUACGGAUUUUAGAUGCACACCCCCUUCACCUGGCUCCGGCUGCACCGCGACACUGUGUGGAAGAGGACCGUGGGCACUGCUGGACGUCUACCUGGGCAUUUUUUCACGGAGUUGGCACGUGAGGGACUCGCUGCCUGGAGGGACACGUGACGGGAGUUUUGUGGAGUUGAAAAGUACAUCCGCGUGGCAGGACGUGAACGACAGAGGACUCACAUUGUGAAUCCCACACAGGGGUGUAUUGAUGCGGUGUACAGGAGAAGAGGAAAAGUGAAGUGGAUUUAGUGAAGCAAAAAGAAAAAAGAAAAUUUGUGUGAAGAAAAAGAAAAAAAAACUCAAAAGUGGUCAGAAGGAGAGCACAAGAUCCCAUGAUCAUCUGACAGUGAGUGGGAUUUUUCUCAUAGAGAGAGCCAAAGUGAAUCAAUUUGCCCCGAAACAUUCACAUAGUGGGUGUACGGUACACACACACACAGUUGGAACCCCUUGUGGAUUUCGGCAGGAGGGGUGGUGACAACUGAGAUCAGGGUGCGGGGCGCAGCGUGGGGGUGUUGUGUGACCAGGAAGUGUGACAAAGUGAGAAUAUGGAGUGCUGCCUUUCGGAGGAGGCCAAGGAGCAGAAACGCAUUAAUCAGGAGAUCGAGAGGCAACUACGACGCGAUAAGCGAGAUGCCCGACGUGAACUUAAAUUGCUGCUCUUGGGGACUGGUGAGUCGGGAAAAUCGACAUUCAUUAAACAGAUGAGAAUUAUCCACGGAAGUGGUUACUCAGAUGAGGAUAAGCGGGGCUUCAUCAAACUUGUCUAUCAAAAUAUAUUCAUGGCAAUGCAAUCAAUGAUAAGAGCCAUGGACCUCUUGAAGAUUCAAUACAGUUUACCACACAAUCAGGAUAAUGCGGAAUUGAUUAGGAGUGUGGACUUUGAGACAGUCACAACCUUUGAGCCACCUUACGUUCAAGGCAUUAAGGAUUUGUGGUCAGAUGCUGGAAUCCAAGAAUGCUACGAUAGAAGGCGAGAGUAUCAAUUGACAGAUUCCGCCAAAUACUACUUAAUGGAAAUUGAUCGUGUGGCUGCACCAAAUUAUCUACCAACUGAACAAGAUAUUCUACGGGUUCGAGUUCCAACGACUGGGAUUAUUGAGUAUCCGUUUGAUUUAGAGGAAAUCAGGUUUAGUUAUUUGAGUGAUUUGGCAAGAAUUGAAAGUCCAGACUUUCUACCAACGGAACAGGACAUUUUGCGUGCCCGAGCUCCAACUACUGGAAUCCUAGAGUAUCCAUUUGACUUGGAUAGCAUUAUAUUUAGGAUGGUAGAUGUUGGUGGACAGAGAUCAGAAAGAAGAAAGUGGAUUCAUUGUUUCGAGAAUGUCACCUCAAUCAUCUUUUUAGUGGCACUUUCUGAAUAUGAUCAAAUUCUUUUUGAAUCGGAAAAUGAGAAUCGAAUGGAGGAAUCAAAAGCUUUAUUCAAAACAAUUAUAACUUAUCCGUGGUUCCAGCACUCGUCGGUAAUUCUCUUCUUGAAUAAGAAGGAUUUACUAGAGGAGAAAAUCAUGUAUUCGCAUCUGGUAGAUUAUUUUCCAGAAUAUGAUGGACCCCAGAGAGAUGCAAUAGCUGCCAGAGAAUUCAUUUUGCGUAUGUUUGUAGAUCUUAAUCCGGAUUCGGAGAAAAUUAUUUAUUCGCAUUUUACUUGCGCUACAGAUACUGAGAAUAUAAGAUUUGUAUUUGCUGCUGUGAAGGAUACAAUCUUGCAGUCAAAUCUCAAGGAAUACAAUUUGGUGUAGACGAAGAUGAAGAAAAAAAAUGUAAGACGCCAAAUUCGAACAUCGAAUUGUGAUGCGUGUUUCUGUGGAGUUUAUAUGCAAAAAAAAUAUAGGAACAUGAUUUAAAAAAAAACGCGGAGAUUUUUUUUAAUUUAAAAAUUAGAACAUGCAAAAAGAAAGAAAAUUGGGCAAGUUGAAAAGAAGAAGAAGAAAAAAGUGGAUCACAUUUGCAAGAGAAGAAAAAAAGAAACCUUUAGCCCAAUAAUUAGAUAAAUCAAUAUUAAAAAAAAAAGAAAUGAAACAAGUCAUUAAUUGCAAGUCAACUUGUGCGGGGAAACAGAAACCAGAGAAUCUUUAUAAAAGGAAAAAAAAUAAAUAAAGAUAGGUGGUAGUGAAGGAAAACUUCGCAUAUUUUAGAAGGUGAAGAAAUGAGGAAAUUCAGCACAAAUCCAUUCUCAGACAGAUUAUUUUUUGUAUUUAAUUCUCCUUUUCCCUAAAACUACAUAGUAAUACCUAUUAUACAUAAAUAUCCGAUGGAACUACAUAAAAUUAAAAUUUCUAUUUUAUCACGAACAUAGAAAUAUACAAAAAAAUGGAAAAAGAAAUAAAUACAGAAAACACAAAAAUUUAAAGAAGAGAAAUGCGAAAUAAAAGAAAAUUAAUAAAAGAAUUGUAGAGAUUUGUACUGUAAAACAUUUUUGUAAUUUAAUGGAAAAGAGAAAAAAAAUUAUAACAGAUUAUGUUUAAUAGACUGUAAAUAUUUUGUUUAUUUUUUUUAUUUAUUCUUGUUUUUCUUAUUUUUGUUUUUUCUUACUACAUUUUUUCUGAUGAAUCAUCAAAAUGUGCCACUUUUACAACAACAAAAAAACACACAAAAAGAAUAAAUCAUUGAAAAGGGAUAAAAAGGAUCCAAAAAAGCACGCGAAAGUGAUCAAAGUUGAAGGGAAAAAAUUGAAAAGAAGAAAAAAAAAUAUUUUUUCUCUUCAGAAUAGCAAAAAUAAAAAAAAAACGGAAGAGUUAUUUUUCAUCAAUGUGUCUAUAAGGUAGUAAUGGAUAAAUUAAUAUUUCUUGUAGCUAUUUGUGAAAAUUGUUUUUUAAUGAAAAUUCUUUUUUAUUAUUUGUUUAAAUGUUGUUUAUUUUCACUUGAUAACUUCAGUGAAAGAUGUAUGUGUAAUAAUUUCUAUUUAGUCAUUUUUAGUGCGUGCGUGUGAAAAUUUAUUAAAAAAAAAACAAAUCAAAGAUGGAAUUAUGAAAAGAUUUGGAGUGAGAAUGUCAAUGAGAGAGAGAGAGAAAAAAAUAGGGAAGAAAUAAAUGCAUUUCCUAUAUUUAAAGAGAAAAAAAAGAAGAAAAAUAUAUUAUACCUAAUACUUGCUUAAGUAAACUUUUGCGAUAAGAAACUCUGUUUUCUCUUUCACAAUUUUGCAAAAUUGGUUGUAAGAAAAAUAAAUCUUUGAGAAAAAUGCCCACUGUUUGAGAAACCAAAAAAAAUAUCACUGUGUCAUUAAGAAAAAAAAAUAACUAUAUAAAAUAGAAGGUAAAAGAAAACACAAAAAUAUAGAAAAAAAAUAUUUUUAAUUGAACAUAAAAUACAUGGAGAAUUAAAAGCGCACAAAAAAACCAUAAAAAAAACCCACACAGUUUCACAUAGAAGAGGAAGUAAAAAAAAAGACGACAAAGGAAAGAGGAACAAAAGAAAUCUUUUAAAUUGCUUUAAAACAUAUAAAAAUGCGGAAAGAAUUAAGAAUGCGUCGGUGGUGAAAGGGUAUGAAGGGAUAGUAUUCUUUGCAGUUAAUCUAAAGUUAAAAAAAAAAAAAGAAAAAUAAUUCGGGGAAAGUUUUUGUUUCUAAAGAUUUUUUUAACGAACUUUAAGUGUUUAAUUCAAUGAGUAAAAGUGUGUUAAAUUUUGAAAUUUGAAAAAAUCCUAAUUUAGCGUUUAGAGCUGUUUGAACAGCUCUAAUUUGCUUCGGAAUAGCAUUUAAGAAAUUGGAAAAAAUGCAAAAAUCUGCCGUUGCUGAUUUUCUUGUUUUUUUGCAAGAACAUUUCUCCAAAUUUCGUGAAGCCAAAUGUCGAAAUCUUGAGGAAAAAUAGCAAACUAGCGAUGCAAAAUAUAAAACAAAAUUAGCUGUACCAGAGGCUUAAAUGUGGAUGAUGUAUUACUUGUUCCAACGAGAAAAUUCAUCAAAAUAUUCGAUUCAAGUGUUCUACCUUGAAAAUCUCUACAAGUCUUGCAUUGACUGAGAAGGUGUUAAAAUUUUGCUGAUAAGAAAUAUUUAGGAAAGUCUAAUGAUUUUCUAAUUCAUAUUGUGUCUGUUGUGAUACUGAUUUCGCCCAUAAAAAUCCCAGAAAAAUCGGAAGAAAACUUUUUUUUUUAUAUUUUUCCAAGAAAUUCGUAUUAGGCGUCGAUUCUGUUAAAAAUCUUUUUCUUUUCCUUUCUUGCAGCAAGAAAAUUUUUGAAUGAUUUUAACAAUUAAUGAGCCUUAUUCAGCGACCAAGAAACCCUAGAAAUUCGCUUGAAAUCUUGAAAUUUCAGAACAAAAUUCAAGGAUUUCAAAGGUUUCUUGGUCGCUGAAUAAGGCCCAAUGUUUCAGAAUUGUUCUAUUGUCGUAUUGUAAAAGAAAAUCAAAAGAAAAAGAUUUUCAAUCUUAGAAAUAUUUGAGAGUAUUUGUUCUUUUACGAUAUGACCAAAAAACGUUGAAGUAUUCAAAGUAUUUUUCCCAGAAUACCAAAGAUCUGAUAACAUCGAUAACAUUAUCAAAUCCCAAGGAGGAAAUAGAAAAGAUUUUUAGUAGAAUCGACACCUAAAUUACGAUAAAAUAAAUUUGGGUCCUAUUCUGCGGGCACGAAAUCUUUGAAAAUUCAAGAAUUUAUUCUGAAAUUUCAGGGAUUUCAUGGUUGCAAAAUACGACCCAAUUUCUUAAUAAUCUUACCACAAACUUUAAUGUUUUAACACACUUUUGCUCUUAUUUUUUUUCCUCAAUCUGUUCAAUUGAAUUUAAUUUUCUAAAAACAAAAUGAAAGAAUAUUUCGUCAAAAUUGUGAAGAAGGUGAUACGGAGGAGUGAUGAAGCAGAGUUUUUAUAAACAUUAAACUAAAGCAAAAAAAAAUUAAUGUGCAAGUUUAACACAUCCAGGACGGCUUGACGCACAUCGGCGUCCACUGACAGUUCUCAAUUCUGUACGCUGUAACAAUUUGCCACUCUUUUUGCGUUUGACAUUUACCCGGUAGGAAAACUUCUCCAACAUUUUUUCAGCCAAUUUUGAUUGCUGACUCGUAAGGUGUUCAUAUAUGAUUAAUAAAUUUAUUAUUUAUUAAAUUUCUGAAAUGAUUUAGAAUCAGCAUUUAAAAGAUUUCAAAUUAGUUGUGACAAGAAAAUGGAAUUAUCUAGAAUAUUCUAUCAAUCUUGAUAUUUACAAUAGAACGAAUAGAACAAUAGAACAUUCUGGAUAUUAUUAUACUAUGAAGGAAAAAAUAUGAAAAAUAUCAUGUCAGGGGAAAUAAAAUUUUCAAAACUUAAAAAAAAAAACAAGAAAUAGCAGAUUAUUUAGAAUAUUCUAGAUUUUUUAAAAUUACUCUAUCACAGAGUAGAUAUUAGCUAAAUACAUGAAUUAUGAAGUUUUCAGAAUUUUUAGAAUAAAAAGGUCAACCUGCUUGUUGACGUUAUCAUUUAUUUUUAUUUAAUAUAAAGUGAUAUAAUAGCUAGAAAAUUUUCAAAAUGGUUCAGAACGGAUGGCGAAGCAUCUUUUUUGACAUAUCUAGCAUAUUUUCUCGCUUCAACAUAACCAAAUUUUUUUCUCGUGCCCGAAAAAUAGUGAGAAUUAUAGAAUAUAGAAAAGCUUCCGGAAGUUUGCCUUUAUGCUACUGAUUAACUUCUAGCUAAAAAUUUACAUUUAAAUUUAAUUUUAAGUGUUUUGUAGCGGAAAAUCUUCAUCGCUUAAAACUUUAGGUGAGUUAGGUUAUAUAUUUUGCGAAAAGAAAAUUUUCCUCUUACAUAACCUCAAUUUAAUUUUUGUGGUAAAAAAAAUGCUACAUAAUGUUUAAUAGAAUAAAGGAAACUCGUCUGAGAGAUUUUCAUUGAAAUUAUCCCAUAAAUCUGACUUUUUCCCACGUAAAUAUAAAAGUGCGGUUAUGUUGGAAUGAGAAAAAAAUGCCAAAUAUGUGCAAAAAAUUCUCUUCACCAAUAUCAUACCAUUUAAACUAUUCCUCUGACUGUUCUGUGAGCUUGAAUUUGAUGUUCAACAUACAACAGUUAGUGAAAUCUUAAAGAAAGAUUUUUGAAAUUUAAAUUGUAUUUUAAUUUGAAUAUUAUUCUUUUUUUUAUUGUUUUGUUUUUGAUUAUUUUAUAUUAAUAAAAGAAUAUUUGUGUUUCACUUAAGUGAGUAUUCUCUCAAAUAAAUAUUUUCUGAUAACGUGCGAAGAACAUAAGCACACUAUGGUCCCACCGGGUAACAUUUCUGGACGCCAGUGACUAAUUGUUACAUGUCGCGUAAAAAACCUUUGGGAAGUAUUUUACCCGUCGUCAGUGUGUUAAGCAAAACUUUUCAUACUUUGCAUUUUAUUUCUUCAUGAAAUUUUCAUGAGAAAGAAGAAAAAAACGUUACAAAAUAAACAUUUUUCAUCUUUGAAGCUUAACUAAAAAAAACAAAUAAAAGAGGUUUUAUUUGUAAAGGAAUUGCGAAUUGAAAUGAAAAUGUCACAGAGAGGAGUCAAGAAGAAAAAAAAAUGGGAAACCAUUUAGAGAAUCCUCAAAGGGAAAUUAAAGAAGAAGAAAAAAUUAAUUUAUGAAAAACAAAACAUCUAGAGAUGCAAAAAAAUUGAUACCAAUUGACGAAAGGAAUAUUAGAUGCAUAUUGUUAAUUAAUGUGAUUUCUAGAAAUAUUGCGUAGAUAAUUUUUUAAGUUAUUAUCAUGAGAGAAAGAGAGCGAGAGCGAGUGUUGAAGAGUUUGCUAAAAACAUAAAAAAAUUAUAUUUGUGAGAUUUCACGCAGAAUUUUUCUUUAAAAGAUUUUUAAAAGAAAUUGCUUGAGAGGAUGCAAUUUUAGAUGAAAAAAUUGGGAAAGCAUAAAAAUCACUUUCACAAUGAAAUUUUCUUGAAAUUCAAAAAAGAAAAAAACCUCAAAAAUUGUGAUUAUAUUUAAAGAUUUAAUACUUAAUAAACUAAAAAAAAACAUGAAAACUUUCAAAAAGUUCCACCCUUCUUCUUCCCCUCUUUUCUAUUGCGGUGUAUAGAUAAAUGAAGAUUACAAAAAAGAAAAAAAUAAUAUUUGAAAAAAAAAGUGAAGAAUCUGCAUUAAAUAUUUCAUAAGUGGUCCAUUUAAACUAACAAAAAAAGAAUAUCUCUUAAAGAAAUAGUAAAUAAAUAAAAUAAGCAAAAAUAGCGAUAGAAUAUUCUGAAAGAAAAAAAAACAAAAACGACAGAAUAGCCGCGCCAGCCGAAAGGUAUCUUGUAAAAAAGAUAUUUCAAAAUAAAAUAAUAUAAAUGUUUAUUCAAAAAAAAGGAACAUCAAUUUCCAAUUUGAAUAUUAAAAGAAAAAAAAACAAAAAUAGUCUUAAUCAUAGAAAAUUAAUAUAAAAAGAAAAUACGCAAAUGGAAAAUAUUGCUCGUGAAAAAAAAAACUUUCUCGCAUUUAUCAGUAAAAAAAAAUAUUAUAAAAUUAAAUAGAAUAAAGGGUAAGGAAGAAGAAAACUUAAAUGAAAAAGAAAAAAAUAUUCCAGUGUGUAGUCGUAAAAACAAAAUACAAAGAGAAUGAAUUUAAAAGAGAAAAAAAUAAACCUAUAGCACAAAGUAAAUCCACCUUCUCUUUGGAAUAUUUUCACAUUUUUUGGGGAGUUUUUUUUUUGUAUGUAGCAAAGGUGUUUAUACGUUUCUAUAUGGGGGGAAGGCCACAAAUUAAACAAUCGGAACACACAUAUUCUUGUAGAGUUUCAAAGAAGAUUAGGAAUUCACAAAAAAGACUUCCAAUUAGCUGGGAAAUAGCAGCAAAGAUUUACCCAGAAAAUACAAAUAAUGACGUCAUUCUUGUGGUUUUACCUCUUUCAAUGUAAGAAGCAUUUACACUGAUGAUUCAUCUGUAGGUUUCCUUGCGGACUUUAAUGUUUCUUCAAUGUUUUUCUCUUCAAAGACAUGAAACAUGAAAAAUUCUAAUCAAAACGUUCUGGAAGAAACACAACAGUGACGUCAUUUUAUGUAUUUUUCGAUAAAUCUUUGUCAGCUUCUUUUCCAGCUAAUCCUUGUAGAAAUAUUGAAAGUCUUUUUGGCGAUUUCUUAAUUUUAAUUGAUCUUCUUCUACAAAAUUUCACGUGUCCCGAUUGUUUUCUUAAAAAAAAAGCCCAUGUAGACACGAGUGAACACCUUUGAAAAAAAAAAAAAUAAAAUCAUUAAAAAGAAAAAAAAGUCAUUAAAUAGUGAAAUUGAUAAAAAUAAAUCCUAAUUUUUAAGGAAAUCCACAGGAUUCCCUUUUUCUGCUUAUUUUUGUCAUAAAGAGCGGAAGAAAAACAAACCGUAUGGUGGAGUAAUUUUUAGAGAAAGAAAAUUAAAUGAAAAAAAAAAUCUUCAAAACCAAAAAAUAGAAUGAGAAAAAGAAAUUAUUCUGACACGAGAAAACUUCUUCGUAUUUGGGGCAGAAUUGAAAGGACGAUGCAAAAGAAAAUGUAAACCAAACUUCCUCCCUUCCCUGAAAGGUCAUUUUUUAAUUGGAAGUCCAUGACCUUUCAGCCAAGCGACGAAGGUGGGACAAAUUAAUGGAAGAAAGAAAAAUAUGAAGAAAAAUUAGAUGCGAAAAAUUAACAAAACAUUAAUAAAAAAAAAGAUGAAAAAAAACAUAAUACAUAUUAAUAUUAAAUGAUAAAUGUGUGUCAAAAAAAUUAAAGAUAUAAUAAAAAUGAAAAAUCUUUUUUAUAUUCAUAAAGCAAAGAAAAAAACCCAUAAAAAUCAUACCAUUGAAGGUGAAAGUAAUGAAAGAAAAAAAAAUAUUUAUUACUUUUCAACACAAAAAAAACUUAUUGUAGCUAUUCGGACGAAAGAAGGUCAUCAGCAAUUUUUGUCCUUAAUGAGAAAUUCCCACGAAAAGGAGGACCAGAAAUUUCAAAGGAAAAACUUAAAGAAAAUCCCGGAGAGUGGUAAACAGGACAAAAAUUGCGGAUGUUUCCUUCUCAAAAGCGCAGACGUUGAGGAGCGAAGAUAAUAUAGUAAAAAAAAAACACAAGAAAUUGAUGGUAAAAAAAUUGUAUAAUGAAAAGGAAUAUUCAAGUCGUGAACUAAUUAUUAUUAAAAAUGAUGAAGAAAAAGAUAAAAGAAAUAAGGAAAAUAAUAAUAUAAAUUUGUGUACUAUUAUAACUAUAUAAAUAUAUUAUAAUUAUAUGAAGAAUCUUUAUAAAUAAAGAAAAAAUAUAUAAAUAAAAGUAAAUGAAAAAAUAAAGGAUUAUGAGAAAAAAAAUAUUGGAUAAAGCAUUUCAAGUCGAAUGAUUGAAGUUUUUUGGUUCUUUUUAUAAAAAAAAAUAAAUAAAUAAAUGAGAAAAAUUUCAAAUUGGAGGAAAAAAUGACGGAAUAGAUUUUUUCAGCGUUUUCAAGAGAUUUUAGAGAUCCAAAAAAAAAGAGAAAGAAAAAUUAAAUUUAAUAAAGAAAAAUGAGCAUUUUACAAUCACAACUUUAAUUAUUAUUUUUAUUCAGUUUAAUUUUAGAGAUUGAAAUAAGAAGAAAAUCCCAUUUUCCCCCCAAGAUAAAAGUGAAAAUGUAAAAUGCCAUUGAGAAGAAAAAAAAAAGAAUGAAAAAAUAGUAAAAGUUUUUAAGUAAAGUAAAAACGAUAAAUUCUUCAUUAAAAGCGAUGUAUUCUCAUACACAUUAUAAAGAAAAAAAAACUCAAGAAAAUAAUACAAAAAAAUGACGUCAUUCCACUUAUGAACAAAUUUAUAAUAAAUGAAGAAAAAAACUCUUUUAAAAGGUAAAAAAAAUAUAAAAAAUGAGAAUCAUGAUUGGCUGAAGUUUAUAAGAAAUUAAUGAUGAAAUAAAAUAAUUUAAAAAAUG